AUGGGGACACGGCCCCCCAAGGCCCUGCUCCUCCUCCUCUUGCUUCGGCUGCUGCCGCCACGCGGGGCAUCGGCGGGGAGCCUACAGAGCCCAGGCCUGUCCGAGUGCUUCCAGGUGAACGGCGCCGACUACCGCGGCCACCAGAACCGCACCGGCCCGCGCGGGGCCGGCCGCCCGUGCCUCUACUGGGACCAGACGCAGCAGCACAGUUACAGCAGCGCCAGCGACCCCCAGGGCCGCUGGGGGCUGGGCGCGCACAACUUCUGCCGUAACCCAGAUGGUGACGUGCAACCAUGGUGCUACGUGGCCGAGACAGAGGAGGGCAUUUACUGGCGCUACUGCGAUAUCCCCACGUGUCACAUGCCUGGGUACCUGGGCUGCUUCAUGGACUCUGGGGCACCUCCAGCCCUCAGCGGGCCCAGUGGCACCUCAACAAAGCUCACAGUCCAGGUGUGCCUUCGCUUCUGCCGCAUGAAGGGCUACCAGUUGGCGGGCGUGGAGGCUGGCUACGCCUGUUUCUGUGGCUCUGAAAGUGACCUGGCCCGAGGACGCCCAGCUCCUGCCACCGAUUGUGAUCAGAUCUGCUUCGGCCACCCGGGCCAGCUGUGUGGUGGUGAUGGGCGCCUGGGCAUCUAUGAAGUGUCCGUGGGCUCCUGCCAGGGGAACUGGACCGCACCCCAGGGUGUCAUCUACUCCCCGGACUUCCCGGACGAGUACGGGCCGGAUCGUAACUGUAGCUGGGUGCUGGCCCCUCCGGGCGCCGCGCUGGAGCUCGCCUUCCGCCUCUUCGAGCUGGCCGACCCGCGUGACCGGCUGGAGCUGCGCGACGCCGCCUCGGGCAGCCUGCUCCGUGCCUUCGACGGCGCCCGGCCGCCGCCGCCGGGUCCUCUGCGCCUGCGCGCCGCCGCGCUGCGGCUCACCUUCCGCAGCGACGCGCGAGGCCACGCUCAGGGCUUCGCGCUCACCUACCGCGGGCUGCAGGACGCCGACGCCGACCCGGCGCCCCUCGAGGGCUCGACUCAGACCCCCGCAGCGCCCCUCGACGGGGCCAACGUGAGCUGCAGCCCAGGGCCUGGCGCUCCAGAGGCCUCGAUGGGGGCCCAGGUCUUCUCGACGGUGACGGCCGUCUCGGUGCUGCUCCUGCUGGUGCUGUCGCUGCUGCGCCUGCUGCGCGGACGGGGCUGCCGGCUGGCUCCGAGUAAAGGGCCCCCAACGUUGAGGCCUUCCCGGGACCCCACAAGAAGCUGGGCCGUUUGGUACCGCCGGCCUCGAGGGGUGGCCCUGCCCUGUCCUCCCGGGGACCCCCAGGUUGAGGGUUUAACCGCGAGUUACCGGCCCUUGAGCGCCUCCAGCCAGAGUUCCCUGCGUUCACUCAUCUCUGCUCUCUGACUUGGGGACCCCCAGGGUCCACUGGAUCCUCCUGCGGCUGGAUGGACUCCGCAGACCCUAUGCCACCCUCUGUCUGCAUUGGCCUUCUGCCCCUUCGAGGGCAGCUCUAGUCAUCUCAAGGAGGCCAGACGUUGGACAGGAAGCAUCUGUUACUAUUAUUGAGAACUUGACCUGACCCUCGGGGUCCGAAUGGUCAAGGCCAAAGGACAAGAGGAAUUCUGCUUCCCUUCCUCUUAGACCUCAGUUCGCGGGUCUUUGAGCCCUGCUUGGGGUAGUUCUGGACUACCGCCCAAAGUGAAAUGUAAGAGGUCAACAAAAGUGGUCAUAAGACCAACCACAGACUUUGAAUAAAGGAUCUGUUUUGGUACAGGGCGCGGGAAAUUGUUAUGUGCGGGAGGAGCUAUGUUAACGAGGUACUGUGCCUAGGCUGGUUGUGUGCAAAUUAAGGGCGUUCCACGGGAAGAGUUUCUU